CUCUCCUAGGGGACGGAUAUUGGGUGGAUGAUGACCAAGCACCCAUCUGCAUUCCGUGCUCACCUCUUUCACCCUGUAGCAUCCAGAGCUAAGCUGCUUGGUAUUGGUGGGAGCAGGAAGGUGGCAGAGGAGCUGGGUGCUGCCCUGGGAGCUGCCUCUGAUUUAUCACUGCCCAUUUGACACCCGUGGUUGCUGUGAGGAGGAUGCAGCCACUGGCUGUAUCCCAGCAGGAGGCUGGGAAUGUAUUGCACUUGCAAGGUCUCCAAGAUAACCCUCCUGUUCCUCUCACCCUCCUCCUCUACUGGGAAUGGAUAACAAAACUCACUGGGAGUUCAGGGACUAUUUUCCAGGACUUGCCAGGGCCUGUGACUCAGGUGGCUGCUUCUGCCCUGUUGCUGUACCCGCACUGGCUCCCAGCCUUGGUGCUGCUGGGGUGUGGGGUGUGGGGGCUGGCUCUAGGGGUAGGGGACUGCUGUGGGACACAGGAGAUGACUUCUUGCAGCCAAGAACUAAAGCCCUGGGGGUUUCUAUCUGCUAAGCAAUUGUCCUACCCCAGCUGGGACAUCCAGAGGCCAACAUCCAGGCUCUGCCAGCCACUAUUGUACUCAUCUCCUGGGGGCUUCACUCACCUUCUUCCUGUGCAGACCCUGCCUUGUCCCUGAUCCCAAAGCAUCGGAGAGCAGACCAGCUUGUUCAGAGUCCUGUGAUACUCAGCCAGCGCCCCAUGUGCUGGACACUGGGGGGCCCAGCUGUGCCCUACAUCCCUGUCGAGCCCAUGGAUGCUCCUCCAGGGGUGUGGGGGAGGUCGAUGGGGUGCGAUCACGGGAGUGCCUGCGGGAUGUGCGUUGUGUAUCCCCGGGUGCAGGCGACGCAGAGCACGGGGCACAUGGAGUGCUGGGGACACAAGACACGUGCAGGGGGCUGUGGGACAUGGACAUCGACACACAGCAGCGUCCAGGUGCGGGUCUCCGUGCGGUGCCGGGGCCGGGGCCGAGGGCGGCUCCCGGUGAGUCACGGCUGCCUCACGCUCCUCCCCGCGCCGCCUCAUAAAGCGCCGCUGUGCCGAGCUGAGCUGAGCCGAGCGCAGUGCCCGACCGCGAACUGUUCGUAUGUACCGGAGCGCUGGGCGGACAGCCUUGGGGGGCACCGGCCGCCACCUGAGUGACCGCGGGAGGAGGAUGCUGGGGGAGCCCCUGGGAAGCCCUGCCUUGGUCCUCCUGCUCUGCUGGAGCCUGGCUGCUUGCUGCACAGGUGCCAUGGCCUUGCAGCUGCCCAGCAUCACCGCCCUGCGGAUGCCAGCAGAGCUUCCUCGCCCAGGUGAGAGUGUGACUGUGUCAUGUGAAGCACUGAGUGAGCUUCCAGAGAUGACGCUGCUCUACUGGCUGGAGAACGGCUUCUUUGUGGAGAGCCUGCACCCGGACGGGGCUGUACGUGAGGGGACAGUGCAAGUCUCGGGAGUGCGGAGACCAAAGCUUCGGAUCAACAGGAAGCCUCAGGUGAACUGGAUGCAUGUCAUAGGAGAUCAAAGACCUAACAUGGUUUGUGCUGUUAUGAUGCCUAAGGCAAAGCCUUUGCAGACAAAGGUCAGUGUUUGCAACUGAGUGCCAGAGAUCCUUCACAAUUUAUUAUUCCUACAACACAAGAGCAGUUUGAACGGUGUUUUGCUAACUGUACAGCCUUGCAAAGUGCUUUGCAAAAUUUUUCUGACACCUCGGGAGGCUGUCCUGAAGGGCAAAGGAACCCAGGGAGGCUGGAUGUGCUGUAAGAAGGAAUCUUCAGGGCACAGAAGCAGGCUACGCUGAAAGAAGAGCCAGAGGGAGGGGAACUUUGUCUGGAACUCAGAGUAAAAAGGAGAGUUUAUAAUAUUUGAAAGAAGGGGCAGCAAGUCAGGAAAUAAACAAGGAUGUGAUGAGGCAGAGAGAAUACAAGAAGAAUGGAAGCUCAUCUGGCCACUGCUGUAAAAGACAAUAAAACAAAUGUGUCUAUAAAUACAUUAACCACAAAAUGAGGGCUAAGGAGAAUCUCCUUUACUGGAUGGCUGGGGAAAUCUAGAGACAAAUAAUGAAGAAAAGUCUCAGGUACCUUGAAAGGUGGUGGAGCAGACCAUCCUGAGUGCCAUAAUUUGGCACGUGCAGAACAACCAGGGAUCAGGCCCAGCCAACAUGGGUCUGUGAAAGACAACCUGGCUUGACCAACCUGGCUUUUGUGACAAGAUGACCUGCUUGGUGGGUGAGUGAAAGGCUGUGGAUGUUGCCUACUUGGGGUUUAGUAAACCUGUUGACACCAUUUCCCACAGUUUUCUUGAGGAAAAGCUUUCAGCUCAUGGCUUGGACAGGUGUGCUGUUUGCUAGGAAAAAGAAAAUGCCUGGAUGUUCAGGUCCUGAACGGCACCCUAACUCCUGACUUUGGCCAAACUUUCUUACCAUGUGUCUCGGUUUGGAAAGACAGGAGUCUGCUAAGGAAGGCAGGAGCUUCUUCUGAAAUGGAGAAUGUAAACUCUCCCCACCCUUCUGAAUUGCUAUAAACUUUAAAUGAAGGGGCUCAGGCAAAAAAUAUGGAGUAGGAAAUAACAGGCCUUUAAUAGGGAAGAAAAUAAAAGGAUAAAAUAAAACAUGCAGUACACUAGAAUAACACUGACAGAGUCAGAACCCAAGCUGACACCCUGUUGGUCAGGGUGUUGGUAGAAGUCUAAUUGGAAAUGUGGCUGCAGUGCUCCUGGAGUGUCAAGUGUGGUUCUGUUGGAGCAGAGAUCUUGUAGAAAAGGGUGUAGUCCUCCUCCAAAGAUGUAGUGGAAGAAGAGGCAGCUGCUGUUCCUCUGGGAAAUCCAGUGGAGAAGCCGUGCAGUUAUUCCAGUCCCUCCAGAUUAUAUCUGGGUAGGAAUGCUUGGCUCCUCCCUCUGGGUGGAGCAUCUCACAAUGUGAUGCUGUAGCUCUUAUCAGUCAUGCAGUGACAUUCAAUAGCCUGUUAUCAGCAGAUGUCCCCUCCUGAGGGAGGAGUGGGUGUGAUCAUUCAGAGAGAGAUAAGGCAAACUGCCCACUUGACAAAAGACAACUGCCACACAGAUGGUAAUAGAAUACAUCUUGCCUUGCCAUGUGGAGCACCAGUAUUUGCUGUUUGCAGAGGGACCUGGAGCAUGUAAAGGCCAGGCAUUAUUUUUGAAAAAGCAGCAAAUAUCUUCUCAUUUGAAUCACAGCAAAUCUUAGUCUUUGUUCCUUACACAUGCCCUACUAGAUUGUAUUUGCUCCACAGCACUUUGCCUCAUUAUUUUUUUAGUGUAGUUCUACUGCAUUUCCUUGUGAAGCUGCUCAUAAGUUCUUGCAAAUGAUCUCACUGCUCAUUCAGGAGACUUAGUCCCAGGCUAGCAGCAGAAAUUCUAGCAUUCAGUAGGUACUCUGCUGUGAAAACAGGAAUGUAAAACAUGCCACAAGGGUGGUGUUUUCCAUGUGGACUGGGGAGAAGUCUACACAGUGUUUGAACAGUUGAGAGCCAGUUGUGCCUCUGCUAAGCUGUGGCUGAAAAUUUCAUAGAGUCACAGAAUAUCCUGAGUUGGCAGGGAGCCACAAGGAUCAUUGUUUCCAGUUCCUGGUCCUUCACAGAACACUCCAACAAUCCUACCCUGUGCCUGAGAGCAUUGUCCAAAUGCUUGUUAAGCUCUGGCAGCCUUGAGGCCAUGAACACUGCCCUGCGGAGCCUGCUCACUGCCCAACCACCCUGUGGGGGAAAAACCUUUUCCUAAUAUCCAGCCUAAACCUCCCCUGAUACAUCUUCAGGCCAUUCCCUCAGGUCCUGUCCCUGGUCACAGAGAGCAGAGAGCAGUGCCUGCUCCCUUGCUCCCUCUUGUGAGGAAACUGCAGACUGCUAUGAAGUUUUCCUUCACAGUCUCCUCUUCUCCAGGUUGAACAAGCCAGGUGACCUCAGCCGUUCCUCUUAUGGCCUUCCAGUUACUCCCUCCAGUUGGAUGACAAACCCAUCUGCUGGCAUCCAGAGAAAGAAGGCUCUUAAGAAGGGGGGGGUAAAUAAGAGAGAAACAUUUAACAGCUUGUAUUUUUAUGAAUGAGGCUGUCUCUCUCCCUUUCCAGUAACUCUUCAUAGUAGGUAUUUGUGUUUCAAAUUUGUUGCUUUGUAAUUGAGGUGAAGUAACAGAUUCUGCAGUUUGCCUUUCAUGUGUUGCCAUUGUUUAUACACUGUAUCUGCAUGCCGAAGGUAAUAAUUAAUAGUUCUAUGAAAAAUAACCACAAGGAAUGGUGGAGUGAUUUUCCUCCAUUUUGCAAAGACUCCUUUAGGCAAAUCUUAAAAGAGGACAGGAAUUUUCAUGGGAAUUAUUCCAGCUGACAGGAUUUGAGACAUUUUAUUUAGUUAAAACUGCUGAGAAGAGCAUUGGAAAAGAAGUCUCAAGGAAAGAGCAUCUAGGACCUCAGUUUUAUUCUGCCAUUUAAUUUAUAAAUAAAGUCAGUGAUACAAUAAGGACAAACUAAAGUAAAUUUACUAUUUCUAUAUAGCUCUGGAGUCUCAAUGGCAAUGAUAACAUUCACUAUCUGAGUGAACAGAGCUGAGAUUUUCUGCCCCAAGGUGCUCUUCUCCAGAGUUCCAUUCUCCAUCUGCUUAGUGAUCACUAAUAUUUCAUACCAGUUUUUUGAUCUUGCAACUUUCUGCUCUAA